CACCUAAAAACUACCAACCCCACACUACAUGUUAAUAUUUUUCCAUACAAUAUAUUACAAUGAGCUGCGAGUAUUACACGCAUAUUACAUACAAAGCAUAAUAUAAAAUGUUGGCUCUCAAGUCUAGUCAAGCAAAGCAGAGCAAAUCAAACAACAAUGGCUUCCAAAAUCAAAACCCUUCUCUUAAUCACUCUUCUCCCGUUCUUCAUCCUGAUUACCACCGCAACUAAAUCGGCGGACGACAUUGAAGAAGACUUAAGAUUUUUAGAAGAACCAAACCCACCGAGAGACUACCCUUAUUACGCCGAUCCUAAGUACAAACCACAAGGCGAAGAAAUUGGGAGUUUCGAGGAAUUCCAAUCAUGGGAUAAUCGUAAACCACCACCCUCGCCGCCGAUCGACGAAAAACAAGUUGUGGUCUUAAAUAAGACCAAUUUUGAUGCGGUGAUUGAGAAGAAUGAGUAUGUUAUGGUUGAGUUUUAUGCACCAUGGUGUGGGUACUGUAAGCAAUUGGCACCUGAGUAUGGUGAUGCUGCUAGUGAGCUUAAAGAGAGUGGGUCCAAUGUUGUACUUGCUAAAGUUGAUGCUAUACAAGAGAGUGAUUUGGCUGAUUUGUAUAAAGUUGAUGGGUUUCCUACUCUUUUGUUCUUUGAUCAUGGUGUGUUUAAGUCCUAUGAGGGUGAAAGGACUAGGGAUGGAAUCGUUUCAUGGUUAAAGAAGAAAACAGAACAUGCGGUGUACAAUGUGACAAACACAGAAGAUGCAGAGCAUAUUCUACUUGCUGAACCUAAACUCGUCGUGGCCUAUCUUGAUUCUCUAACGGGUUCUGAAUCUGAAGUGCUGGAUGCUGCUGCGAAACAAGAGGACGAUGUAAACUUUUAUCAGACUGAUAAUGCAGAAGUAGCUAAAAUUUUCCAAAUUGAUCCUGAUGUUAAACGCCCAGUUUUGGUUCUAUUAAAGAAAGAGAUUGAGAAGUUUUCCAAGUUUGAUGGUGAUUUCUCAAAAUCAGCUAUUGUGGACUUUGUUUCUGACAAUAAACUCCCUCUAAUUAUAAAUUUUACCAUGGAAAGUGCUUCCUUUGUAUUUGAAGGUCCUAUCCAAAAACAGGUUUUCCUCUUUUCACCUAAUCAACAGUCAGAAAAACUCAUUCCUUACCUCCAAGAAGCAGCCAAAGAUUUCAAGGGAAAGAUCGUUUUCUCAUAUGUACAAAUGGAUAACAAAGAAUAUGGAAUUCCAAUGAUGGAUUUCUUGGGAGUUACUGGAGAUGCUCCUAGAGUAGUUGCAUACACCGGAAACGCUGAUCGUAGAAAAUUCUUUAUGAAAGGAGAAAUUACAUCAGACAAUAUUAAGUCAUUCAUUGACGACUUUCUAGCGGACAAACUCAAACCAUUCUACAAAUCGGAGCCUAUACCACAAACGAAUGACAGUGACGUGAAAAUCGUUGUGGGAAAAAACUUUGAAGAAAUUGUUUUAGAUGAAUCAAAGGAUGUCCUUGUUGAGAUAUAUGCUCCUUGGUGUUCUCAUUGUCAAGAACUUGAACCAAAGUACAACCGGCUUGCAAAACAUUUAAAAGGAAUUGAUUCCUUACUAGUAACAAAAAUGGAUGGCACCAAAAAUGAGCAUCCAAAAGCACCAGCACAAGGAUUUCCUACAAUUCUUUUCUACCCAGCAGGAAAGAAGAGUUCUGAUCCGAUAAUUUUUGAGGAAGAACCAAAUGCUGUGACACUCUACAAAUUUAUCAAAAAGCAUGCAACAACACCUUUCAAGAUUCAAAAGCCAAUUACUCCAACAUCACAAGUUAGUGAGCCUUCAACAAUAGAGACUAUCACUUCUUCUGAAUCUCCCAUCAGUACCAAUGUAGAACGGGAUGAGUUAUAAGCAUACUAAAAUAGUUUCUAUUUUCAGUUAAUACUUUUCCUUUUUACAAUAUGGCACCUAAUUUUGUAUGAAUGUUGUUACACUAUGAGAUUCCUAUUGCUCUUCUAUUCUAUCAAUCUAAUAUAGAGAAUAGAAAUUAUGUUGUUCAAUCUAGUAAUGAGCUUUACUCAACAAUUAUGGCAUUUAAGGUUUUCGGA